AUGAACACAAAAUUAAAGGUCACGAUAUUUGAUAAGAUAUUACAUCACAAUGUUACGAAAAAUAUUGUUGACAAUGCUAAGUAUUUUCAGUUUUCCUAUGAUCACGACACGAAACUUUUCAUUAUUAAUAUAAAUUAUAGCAAAACACGAGAAGUUGAGAGUACGGAGAAGUCUAACAAUCAAGUAUUUAGUAGACAAAUAGGAAAAAUAGAAUCACAAAGUUUUACAGUAAACAGAGAUGUAUUUAUAAAGGAAAUUUUAGAAAAUUUUCAAUUCAUUAAACCAGAAGUAAAUAAGAAACCUAAAAAAGUUGUUAUUGAUUUUAGUUCACCAAACAUAGCAAAACCAUUUCAUGCUGGUCAUUUAAGGUCUACAAUAAUUGGUAAUUUUAUAGCCAAUAUUAAUAAUUAUUUCCACAAUGAUGUUGUAAAAAUAAAUUACUUAGGUGACUGGGGCACACAGUUUGGACUCUUGCAAUAUGGUUUGAAAUCAAAACAUAUUGACAUGAAAAAAUUUGAGUGUGAGAAUCCAAUUAAAAAAUUAUAUGAAAUUUAUGUGGAAGCAAAUAAAAUGUCUGCACUUGAUGAAAAUGUGCAAAAAGAGGCUAGAACAUAUUUUACAAACAUAGAACAGGGAAAGACAAGUUUAGAUAAUUGGAGGAGAAUUCGAGAGAUUACUGUUCAAGAACUGGACAAAGUUUAUCAAAGAUUAGGAGUACAGUUUGAUUGUUAUCAAUGGGAGUCGGAAUACAAUGGAAAUGCUAUAAAGGGGUUAUUAAGAUUACUAGAAGAGAAUAAAGUAAUAGUAAAUGAUGAUGACGGGAAGAAGGUUGCAAAAUUUAGAGCCAGACAUGUCACAGUCUUAAAAAGUGAUAAUUCAACAUUAUAUCUUUCUAGAGACAUUGCUGCACUUUUGGAUAGAUAUAAAAAAUACAAUUUUGAUAAAAUGCUGUAUGUUGUUGACAAUGCACAGACAGAUCACUUUGUAGCCCUCUUUGAUAUAGUCAGACAAAUUAACAAAGAUUGUGCUGAAGGUUGUGAGCAUAUAAAAUUUGGUAGACUUAAAGGAAUGAGUACAAGAUCAGGGAGUGUUGUUUUUCUUAAUGAUAUAUUAGAUGAGGCAAAACACAUUAUGCAAGAAAAGCAGGCAAUAUCUAAAAAUACAAGAAGCUCUGCAAUUAAUGAACAAACAUGUGACAUACUUGGUACAACUGCUGUGGUAAUUAAUGACUUGAAGCAAAGGAGGCAAAAGGACUACGUCUUUGACUGGGGUAAAGCACUUCAAAGUGAUGGAGAUAGUGGAAUAAAGCUUCAGUAUCUUCAUUGCAGAUUAAUGAGCUUAGAACAGAAUUGUGGAGUGGGGAUUCCCAAAAUCUGUGCCCCUGAAUAUCUUAAUGAAGAAGUUGUUGGUGAUGUUGUAGCUGAAUUGGCCAGAUUUGAAGUUAUAUUAAAUAGGGCAUUUUUGGAAAAUGAAGCUUGUAUCAUUGUGAAUUACUUAUUUCGAUUAGCAAGACAUGUUAAUAGGAUGUUCAAUGAGUUAAAUGUGAAGAAUGUACACAGUGAUGUAGCAGCUCAGAGGUUGUUAGUCUUUCAUACUGCCCGAUAUGUUGUGAAAACUGGUUUAGAAAUAUUAGGAAUUAGACCGUUAAAUGAAAUGUAA